AUGUCUUUGCGCACCGAAAUCAAGGAACUUCAGUCCACCCUCAAUACUUUCAGAGCUAGUCUGGCUCAUGUCACUCUCAAUUCUGCAGCUAAACAGAAGAUGAUGUGUGUUAUACAACGCAAACUGCAGCGCACUCAAAUUUCGAAACACAAAGUCUCCAAGGAGUUAAAGCAAGCAUGGCAAGAGAAUCUCACUCUCUGCAUAGAACAUUCAACUGUUCACAGUGCCUUGCUAUCUGAGGUUGAGUUUAUCCAUGUGACAGCAGCAGCCACUGCUUCCAGAGCAGAUGCUCUUCAGCUGAAUAUUCAAAACCUCAGAUGGCAGCUGGAAGAAUCUUGGAAAAAGGUCAAAAAGCUUCAGAUGCGAAAUUUACGGCUGCAGCAUGCUUGCAGUGAUGCAAAAGAAAGGACCUAUGCUGCUGAAGCUUCACAGCUGUUCAAGAAUGGCUCAUGGUCACCUCAAGCUCAAGCUCUCAUGCAUCUGUUCGUCAGAUCAGGUACUGCCCAUGAAUCAGUUGGAAUUCUCAUCAAUGCUGUGUGCAAGGCUGUGGGUGCACCUGUCCCAAAGAAGCCCAUGUGUCAUCAUACUGUGAACCAUGCACUUAUUGAAGGUGGGAUCAGUGCAAGGAUACAACUCGGUAAAGAAAUGAGGAAUGCCAAGAGUCUUAUGAUUGCCAGUGACUCAACAUCUCAUCAACAGAUUGACUACACCUCCUGCACUAUGGUGAUUCAGGCCUCCGAUUAUGCCAAUGGUACGGACUUGGGCUCAUCAGUUAAAAUCCGCUUCCUUGGAGUUACCUCCUCAGCAAGCCACACCAGUGAAACCCAGGUUGAGGGUUGGACAGAGACCAUCUCAGACAUCUCCACUGUCUUCAACAAUAGUCCUCUUGCUUACCAUUCACAUGAGAUACUCGACCUCGCAGGCUUUCUCUGUAAACUCAAGGGCAUGAAUGGUGACCACACCAGUGAUAUCAAGAAAACCAGGUGUCUCAUCAAGCAGUGGAAGCAUGAGAGCAUUCAUAUUUCACUUGGACACAAAGCCAUCAUCGAAAUGUCAUCUGAAGACUUAAAGCCACUUCUCAAUGAUGCUGAAAGUUCGAAGAUUGCUGAGCUUGGUGGUCAUAACUCCUGGAUUUCAUUAUCAGCUGAAGACCAUCAGUGGCACUGGAGUCAGAUCAUGGACAUGCUCGCAUUGCAGUUAGGUACAGAGCGCUUUGACCAGCUUCCUGCAGAAAUUCAGUGA